GACGGGGGAAACGCGGUUAUGGUCUGGGCCGUGGAGCAGGACGUUAGCUUUUUUGCCGAUCCAUGGGUCAGAUAGGAACAGGACAGUUCGAAACCCUCGCCUCGCCCCUGCUCCACUCGUCUUCUGGUGCCCCGGCCGCCUAUCACCACCCCAACAUCCCGGCAGACGGCCCUCCCGUCCCCAACCCCGUUGGUGGCGACCGGUCAGGGUAUUGAUUUUGGCGGCGAGGAUUUUGGCGACGGCUGCCACUGGCUGAGAGGAAUGGAAGAGGCAGGCAUUGAGUUUCUCCUGGAUGCAGUUGACAGGUUAGUGACCUCGGAUCCGCAAGAGAGUUUUGAGCAACUAGCUUGUGUGAGCACUGAGGGCAAAAAGUGGCCGCCACCACUGUCAUCUACUCCGUAUUUAUUAGGUUCCCACUUCUUGAGGAGUUCGCUGAAAGCCGGGAGCACCCAGAUCCGCUUCCUCUGGUUGUGGUGGUGAACUGCGGAGCAGGGGUUGUUGUCCCUGCAGAUUCCGAUGCUGAUUUUGAUUGUGGGUAGCAGAUUGGAUACGAGGGCAGCAAUCCUAUGCUUGCUGGGGUUCGACGACAACCGGAUUCAUCCCCAACGAGGUCUGCAUAGUCUACUGACAGAGUCAAUCCCCAGGCCUCUGGCUGGAUAAAAAGACCAGAACAGAGCCAUGGAAGUGACAAUCAAGAAGGUGUACCCAGGGUCAGGGACUGCACAGGUGGUGCAAAUGGCAAGUCUUGAAGAAAGCAAAGGAGACAUUAGGACUGAUGUAUACAAAGAAUUCUGAUUUCCAGGUUGAAUUCCACAAGGUUGUGAACCACAUGUUAACAGAAGAUGAGUUUGAGGCGGCGUGGAAUACGCUGUUAGAUAAAUACAAUUUGAGUAAGCACACCUACAUGACACAGCUGUAUGAAAUCAAAGAAAAAUGGGCAAAACCUUACUUCAAAGGAGAACGAAUUUGGCGACAGAGCAACAUGCCAGUAAGAUAUACACCAGGGCAAUGUUUAAGUAGUUCGGACGUCUACUGAUUGAAGCGACUGCUUAUAAAAUGUCACAGAAAUAGAGAGGAUGAGGAGGUAUGUUACAGUUCACAACAUUGUAGCAAAAGAGAGAAAUGGAGCAGGGUUGAGUAUGAAGUGACCAUAAAUGAGGACCAAAACAAGUUUUCAUGUGAGUGUGGCCAGUUCGAGCACACUCGUAUGCUGUGCAGCCAUGUUCUGAGGGUCAUGGAAAUACUUUAUCUCGAGGACAUACGUGCAAAGCAUAUAUUGAAACGGUUGACAAAGGACGCGAGGGACAUACUGCACCAACAUCUGGUUCAGUACCAAAGGGACAACUCAGUUAACCUGUCGUUUACUUGUAGGCACUCGACGCUUUACCCGAAAGCCAUGGAGGUGGUAAGGAUGCGUGAUGCGAGUGCAGCAGCUUUUGAUCAUGUGUUCGCCGGUCUGGACGCUCUACUGUUGAGUGGCGCACCUUUCGCAGAAAAGCGGGAUGGUUACGGUUUUGAGGACCACAUGGCUGGCUUAACUCCUGGUACAUUACCAGGCAAUGGAGAGAUCGCAUAUGUUGGGGACAAGGGUGCUGAUAGAUGCAUCAGUACUAGAAACUCUAUUAGGGCGAAUGGUUUGCAUUGUCUAACAGUACUAGAGAAGCAGAGGGGGGUUGGAAGACCUACAAACAACAGUGAGAAGGCGCCGUACAAGGGGCUCAGUAAGCGCACAAGAUUCUGCAGCAUUUGCCGGCGCGGGAGUCACAACAGACUACAUACCCCGAAAGAGGGAAUGCCCCAAAGAAACCACUUAAGCUCGGGAGAUGCAGGAAUUGUCGAAUGGAAGGGACCGGCGGACAACGCGCACAAGACCUUUGGAUGCUGCUGAAAAAUGAAGUCUGAACUUUAUGUGCGUAAAUUAUAUUAUUGUUGUUCCGAGGAUUUUUCUAGUGUGUUUCUGUGAGCAUUGCUCCAUGCUUGUUCCUCAAUUUCGAGACGGAGUGGUAAUUGCUGUAGUUAAGAACAAAACUUUGUAUCAUGGUAAUUUGUAAUAUGAUGGUUGGCUAAGUACUGAGUGGAAUUGUUUUGCUUA